CAUCUCUUUUAAAUUUCAGCUAGCUCAAGCACGAUGAGGGUGCCUCAUUUCCCAGCGAGGUCAGUCCUUUUCCGCAAGGAGCCCAACGGCUUGACCUACCGAGUCCCGGCGUUGCUCUUCCUGCCCCGGUGCAGCUCCUUCCUGGCCUUCUGCGAGGAGAGGCUCAGCCCGUCUGACAGCCAGGCUCACCUGCUGGUCAUGAGGAGAGGGACUUUCUACAGGAACUACGUUGAGUGGGAAGACCUGAACGUUCUCGGAACGGCGUACUUGCCGGGCCACCGCUCCAUGAACCCGUGCCCGGUGUACGACGACUUCACAGGGACCCUCUUCCUGUUUUUUAUCGCCGUUCUGGGCCACACCACCGAAUCCUUCCAGCUAACCACUGGGAUGAAUUUGACUCGCCUCUGCUGCGUCUCCAGUACGGACAAUGGCGUCACGUGGAGUCCGGUCACUGACCUCACGCAGCAGGUCAUAGGGGACACCCUCAAAGAAUGGGCCACCUUUGCGCUAGGCCCAGGCCACGGCAUCCAGCUCAAGUCCGGCCGUCUCCUCAUCCCCGCCUACGCCUACCACAUCGAGUGCAGGCAGUGCUUCGGAAAGCUGUGCCAGACUUCCCCGCGCUCCUUCUGCUUCCACAGCGACACCCACGGCCGAACGUGGCGUUUCGGGGAAACCGUUCCGGGCCCGGAGAGCGUGGAGUGCCAGGUGGUGUCGGUGGACAAGGAAGACGGGAGCAACUUCUUGUACUGCAACGCCCGCAGCCGGUUGGGCUUCAGGGUGCAGGCCGUCAGUCUGGACGACGGGGCCACUUUUCAGGAGGGCCAGUUGGUGCAGCCUUUGGUGGAACCUCGCAACGGUUGUCACGGUAGCGUGGUGGGCUUUCCGGCUCCACUACAUGAUCUCUGCUCUUUUGGGCUCACCCAGUCCUACCCGACCGUCCCAAACCAGGACAGAACACCCUCUCCGGAUUUCCUCACCCCGACAUGGGUGGUGUACUCUCACCCAACAUGGACCAGCGCCCGCAAGGACCUUGGCGUCUUCUUGAGUCUUUACCCACGAGACCCGGACAACUGGCGCGGGCCCUGGGUGAUCCACAAGGGUCCGUGCGCCUACUCCGACCUGGCGUACGUGGAGCUGCCGACCUCCCCCGGCUCCCCACCCGCCAUGGCCUUCGCCUGCUUGUGGGAGUGCGGCGCCGAGACGGCGUACGACGAGAUAUGCUUUUGCAUCUUCACCCUCUACGAGCUCAUCGAUAACCUCACGCCGGGCGAUGACGAACGCCAAAGUCACGAAGUCAACAUAAGUGGACCUGACGCUCUACAAGUAAAGAAAAGAAGGAAGCUUUGGGAUUUUUGUGUGCUGUCUUAAAUUGAUUUUACGUACCUUGUCCGAUAUUUAAAUUGUUAUGAUGGUGACAAAUAAAAAAAAUUCUUUCC